CUCAAUCAGAUGAGAGAGUUGCUUUAGGUUUCUUCUAUUGGGCUGACCGUCAGUGGCGGUACAGGCACCAUCCUAUUGUUUAUUACGUGUUGCUUGAGAUGCUCAGUAAAACUAAACUAUGCCAAGGUGCCAGGAGGAUAAUCGUGCUCAUGCUCGCCGAGGUGUUGAACGACAGCCUGAAGUGCUUAGUUAUUUAAUGAAAUGAUUUCAUACAGUCGAGCUGGUAGGUUGAGGAAUGCUAUGCAGGUGUUGACGAGGAUGCAGAAAGCUGGCAUUGAACCUAACCUCCUGAUAUGUAACACCACUAUCCAUGUUUUGGUGUUGACAAAUAGGUUGGACAAAGCAUUGAGGUUUAUGGCAAGGAUGCAACUUGUUGGGAUCACUUCAGACGUUGUAACUUGUAACACUUUGAUCAAAGGUUACUGUGAUGUCCACCGAGUUGAAGAUGCUAUGGAGCUGAUAGCUGAAAUGCCAUUCAACGGAUGUCCUCAUGACAAAGUAAAUGAGAUUGCUUGGGAUAUGACAGGAGGGAUGUUCCUUAUGACAACUGGGAAUGGUACCGUUGAAGUGCUUGCAUACCCAGCUCUUCGGCCAGUGGACACUCUUAUGGCUCAUACAGCUGGGUGCUAUUGCAUUGCCAUUGAUCCAAAAGGAAGAUAUUUCGCAGUGGGGAGUGCUGAUUCACUAGUCAGUCUUUGGGAUAUCUCAGAGAUGCUUUGCGUCCGGACAUUUACAAAGCUAGAGUGGCCUGUUAGGACAAUAAGCUUCAACCACACGGGAGAGUUCAUAGCUUCUGCAAGUGAAGACUUGUUCAUUGACAUAUCCAAUGCUCAAACCGGUGGGACAGUUCAUCAAAUCCCUUGUCGAGCUGCCAUGAACAGUGUCGAGUGGAACCCCAAGUACAAUUUACUUGCAUAUGCUGGGGAUGACAAGAACAAAUAUCAGGCUGAUGAAGGUGUUUUCCGUAUAUUUGGCUUUGACUCGCUCUAG